ACCUUCAAAUGUGACAUAACCCACAACUCACACUUGUGUUGAAUAAAUGUCAAAAUUUUGGGAUUGUAAAGUACACAGAUAACCGAAAACUGAGAUAACAGUGUUAUUUGUGAGUGAUGUUUAAGAAAUGCUGCGGAAUGUUCUAUCGGGGUGAUCUCUGAAUUUUCCUGUUAAUCGAAAACUCAAAAAUUUCACCUGCGUGCAGGUAAAAGUUGAAACUCUGGAUAUAAAAUGGAAUGAAACGAUAGUCAAAAUGCCACUAGCCUCACAAAAUACCAAAGGACCAUGUUUUUGGUGCAUAAAGGUGAUGAAAUGGGUCCCCGUUUUGUUUAUUAUGACAAUUGUCGCAUGGUCUUACUAUGCCUAUGUGAUUCAAUUAUGUUUUUUGACUGUGGAUUCACUUAUGGUUAAAAUUUUAUACUUAAUAUUUUACCAUAUAAGUUUAGCUAUGUUUUUAUGGGCCUAUUGGCAAACUGUUUUCACUGAUAUAGGAAGGGUGCCUCAAAAAUAUAGAAUACCCGAUGUGUGUCAUGAGCAGCUACUUCGUGCAGAAUCUGCAGAGGAGCAACAUAACAUACUUGAAGAAUAUUCGAAGAAUUUACCAAAUGUGAACGUUAACAUCAAUGGCGCUGUAAGAUAUUGUGAUAAAUGUAGAUGCAUCAAGCCUGAUCGAGCUCAUCAUUGCUCAGUAUGCGGAGAAUGUGUACUCAAAAUGGAUCAUCAUUGCCCGUGGGUCAACAAUUGCGUGUCAUUCACCAACUAUAAAUUUUUUGUCUUAUUUUUAGGCUAUGCCUUAUUGUACUGUAUAUACGUGGCCCUUACUGCACUUCCUUAUUUCAUUGCAUUUUGGAAUGGAAAACUUUCAGGAGUGGGGAGAUUUCAUAUUCUAUUUCUGUUUUUUGUUGCUGUUAUGUUUGCAAUAAGUUUAAUAUCACUAUUUUUUUAUCACUGUUAUUUGGUUAGCGAAAACAGAACAACACUGGAGGCAUUUAGAGCUCCCAUAUUUCGUACUGGAGAGGAUAAGCAUGGUUUCAGUCUGAGUCGAUACAAUAAUUUCUGUGAAGUAUUUGGGGAUGACCCCAAAAAAUGGUUUCUUCCGAUACAGUCAAGUUUGGGUAAUGGAAUUGAAUUUCCCUUGAAUCUACACCAACAGAGAACGUACCGAUCAAUGGAAUGUACACAAAAUGGUUUGGAAACCAAUAGUUAACUAAAAGUCUGUUCCUCACACUUUCAGUGACAAUUAAGCUAUCUCUAUAUGAUAGUGUUAAAAUGUGUAUACUUAUAAUUUAUUCAAUAAAUUUUUUAAAUUAUACAUGUGAAA